AUGGAUUUUACUCCAUGUCACCCUCAACCAUUCACGUUUCAGCAAGCUAUCUCUUUUGACCCCGAGGUCUCUGCCGAUGAGAUCGGUCGUCUUCAAAACUCCAUCUCCCAUCUAAAGCGCACGCAAGAAGAACUCCAGGAAUAUGCAGAAGAACCAGACAUCGCACAGGCAAUCAAAGAAAAUAAUCAGACGUUAGCAUCGCAAGAUGAGCGGAUAUUCAUGCUCAAGCUGGCGCUCACUCAGCGCGGAGCAUCGAAUGCCACUGGCGCUCAUUAUGACCUUCCUCCUGAACCGGAAGCUGAAAGCAGAAAUGGUAGGCGUGGUGGAUUUGGGUCCAGUGAUAAUGGCCUCGAGCCAUUGGACGCACCUCUUCCGGGAGAGAACUCGAGUCUUGGGUCAACUGGUUCAACUGGAGAGAAUGAAGAAGAAAGCGGUGUGCAUCUGUAG